UCUUCGAUGUUUUCAUGUUCGCUCCAAGGGGCAAUGCCAUUUUGGAAACAGUUGCACUGCAAUUAUUCCGAUCAUGUCUCCAUGCACUUAAAGCAUCCCAUUGUCAAAUUUUUGCAAAUUUUUGAUAGAGACAUUCUGGGGGCUAUAUUUGAAGUGGCACGCGAUAUGAAGAUGGAGAAAUAAAUCAGCAGGGAGUCAGAUGCUUAAGGGAUAUCUCAUGGCUACUCUCUUCUAUGAACCCUCUACUAGGACUAGGCUGUCCUUUGAGUCUGCCAUGAAACGCUUAGGUGGAGAAGUUUUGACUACUGAAAAUGCAAGGGAGUUUUCUUCAGCAGCUAAAGGAGAAACACUUGAUGAUAGUAUAAGAACUGUUGAGGGUUACUCGGACAUAAUUGUGAUGCGUCACUUUGAGAGUGGUGCAGCUAAAAGAGCAGCAGCAACUUCUGGCAUUCCUGUAAUCAAUGCAGGAGAUGGCCCUGGACAACACCCAACUCAGGCCCUUCUGGAUGUCUAUACCAUCGAAAGAGAGAUAGGAAAGCUGGAUGGCAUAAAAGUUGCACUUGUUGGAGAUCUUGCCAAUGGAAGGACAGUGCGUUCACUGACUUCACUCGCAUACUUGCUUGCCAGGGACAAUGACGUCAAGAUCUACUUCGUCUCUCCUGAUGCUGUGAAAAUGAAGGAGAUUUGGAGUCUCACUGUUUCUGUUCCUUCCAGAAUGACAUAAAAGUAAACAUCAAGGGAAGUUGAGUGGGAAGAAAGUGCUGAUUUGAUGGAAGUUGCAUGUAAGUGUGACGUUCUCUAUCAAACUCGCAUUCAGCGUGAGCGGUUUGGAGAAAGAAUCGACCUCUAUGAAGACGC